AUGUCUUUACCAACCACAACUAAAGUCUGCAGAGAGGCAAUUCCAGAGUUGUCGGAGUAUGAUAUUGUUGUCAGGUUUCAUGCCGCCGCUCUAAACUAUCGAGAUGUCUCCAUACCUUAUGGAACCUUUCCAUUCGGCUUUAAGACAGGCGUUGUCCCUGGCUCAGAUGGUGCCGGAGAAGUGAUCGCGGUGGGCGCGAAAGUCACACGCUUCCAAAAGGGCUCAAAGGUCGUCACUCAAUUCAACCAAAAACAUAUUUACGGCUCCCUCACCUCCAAGACCAUUUGUACCGCCCUCGGUGGGGAUCUCGAUGGUGUGCUGCGCCAGUAUGGGGCCUUCAACGAGGAAGGGCUUGUGGCGAUGCCAAAGUCACUGGAUUACGUGCAAGCUUCAACCUUGACGGGCGCGGCCGUCACGGCGUGGAACGCUUUGUACAGCCUCCGACCGGUGGGUGUCUCUCUGUUUGCCAUUCACUUCGCAAAGGCUGCGGGUGCUACCGUUAUUGCGACGACUUCUUCGGCUGCGAAGACUCAAGGGUUGAAGGAUCUGGGUGCAGAUCAUGUCAUCAACUACCGAGAGGUCGAGAACUGGGGAGACAAAGCCAAGAAAUUGACAGAUUCGAAGAAGGGCAUUGAUUAUGUAAUCGAUAUUUGUAGAGGUGGAACUAUGGUUUAG